GUUACGUUACCUUACGUUUACCUUACGUUUUGAUUAACAUGUUUAAUUAGUACUUAAAUUAAUUAAAUAUCUUUUAAUAAAGUUCAUUAAUUAUCAUCAUAAUAAUAGUAUUUUAUUGUAUUACUUAAAAUUUAAAAUGGCAUUUUUAAGUCAAUCAUCUGUUAUAAGAUUAUAUAAAAGUGUUAUUGAUGAGACAAUAGCAUCAAGUCGUGAAGCAUUCUUAGAUGAAGGUGUCGACGAGCAAGUUUUAAUUGAAUUGAAAACGUUGUGGGAAAGCAAAGUGACGAGUAACAAGGCUGUCCAAAUAACGCCACCAGAACAAAGCAGUGGAGCGAACGUAGAUCAAAUGCAUCAAGGCAGUGGAGCCAACAGUUCAACUGGUGGACCAUCUGCUGGAGCAUCCACUUCAACAAAUAGAAAAAGUCAACCUAUUAAAAGAAAUACAGGAGAACAACAGCAACAACAACCGAUUACACAAUCAGUGGCACCCAACAAUGUUUAUCAACAAGCUACUUUACAGCAACAACAUCAACAACAACAACAAGCUGGUACAUCCCAACAAAAUGUCACUACAAAUGGAAGUAGCGUUCUUCUAGCUAGUGGUGGGGCUGCCAAUAAAACUGUUGUUACAAAUACUAAUUCAAACAACACGACAAAUACUCAACAAACUACACAGCAACAGCAACAGAUGGCACCACAACAGCAGCAGCAACAACAACAACAAACAUUACCACAACAAACAAUGUUCUCGUCAAUGUUGGAUCCCACCAAAGUAGUACCAAUACAAAUCACGUUACCUCCACAGACUGGCAUGCAAGAGACAACAGGUCGUGUACUCACUAUUCAAGUGCCAGCUACAGCUUUAAUAGGUAAUCAAUUACAGCAAGUGUUAACUGGUCCAGUAAUAUCAGCAACGAUGAGACUACCACAACAACAGGCGUCAAACUUGUUACAGCAACAUGUGAAUGCGGCUUUACAAGGACAAAAUUCACCAUUGUUAGCUAAAGCUAUACCUCAAGUCGAUGGCAGUUUAAGUAUUGUAGAUGAUCCAGAUCCAGAACUGAAUAUUGAAUUCCCUGAUAUAUUUGCAUUAGCACGAGCUUUAAAUAUGUGCAACGAUUUAAAACAAAAACAACGCAAACAACAAAUUAAACGGAAACGAAAAAUACUUUCAAAACAAAUGAAUGAGUUAAAGGAAUCACAAGAAGAAGAUGGCACCAACAUCGACACUAGUUCACCAAAUAUAAAUACAAACGUAUUAGCACCACCAUCACCAGCACCACUCAUUCAAUUAGACGGACAAAACUUUGAACAUGGCUUGUUGGAGGACUCAUCUGAAGAUGAAGACGAUGUAUCUGAUGAUGUGUCUGAAGACGAGGAACUGGACGAAGACAAGGAAGACGAAGACGUAGAUAUUGACGGUGGUGGUAUGGAGGAAGAACCAUUGAACUCUGAAGAUGAUGUGUCUGAGGAAGACCCCACCGACUUGUUUGAUACAGAGAAUGUAGUUGUAUGUCAAUAUGAUAAGAUAAACCGAAGUCGUAAUAAAUGGAAAUUCUAUUUAAAAGAUGGCAUCAUGAAUUUAGAUGGCAAAGACUUCAUAUUUCAGAAGAUCACUGGUGACGCAGAAUGGUAAUAGAGCAUACAUAGUGUGUUGUAGUGCGGUGCGGUGCGCAGGUUGAUUGGUUGAUUGGUUGGUUGCUAAUACUUAACCAUUUUUAAUUCUAAUUAAUUUAUGUGUGUGAAAUUAUAUGAUUUUAUUUUGAUUUUGAAGAAUGGAGCUAGAAUUAGAAUUAUAAUUAAAAUUAAAUUGAUUGAUUCAAAACAGAAUAGAAUGAAUCAAAUCAGUGGAUGAUAAAUGAAUCAAAUUUUGUUAAAAUGAU